GUAACUUUUCGGGAAACGGGGUGGCGUAGCAUCCUGUGUUGUUUCUACCCGCGCGUUGCCGCCCUCUCGGGAAGCCGGCAUGCCUGUCCUCUUUCUUACACGUGCGCUCGAAAUGGCCCAAUCAGACCUCACACUUUGACAACCUGCGUCUGCAAUUGGAGUUCGGUCAGUCCAGGUCGACUGAGGGGAAAUGGGUUCGAUGCCAUGCACUAGAUCGAGAAGCAGUGUUGCUGCAGCUGUCUUCGCGGCCGGCGCCCACGCCGCCGCCGUUACGCCUCUCGCUGCUCGAGCAACUUCUUCGAGCUCCUCUGAAGGCUGGGAGACACGUUACACUGCCACCGGCACUGCUGCUGUUGCGGCUGCUGCUGCUACAGCCAAGACCAGCAGCCCGACCAGCAACGUCAAAGGCAAGGCCUUCGACCGCUUUGUCAUUAUCUGGAAUGAGAAUACCGAUUAUGACAAGGCCAUUGGUGAUCCCAACUUUGCAUGGCUCGCCAAGAAGGGCAUCACACUGUCCAACAACUUUGCUGUCACUCAUCCUUCUGAGCCCAACUACUUUGCAUCGGUUUCUGGAGACUAUUUGGGCAUGAACAACGAUAACUUCAAUCGCGCCGACCGUAACAUUUCUACGGUGUUUGAUCUCCUUGACACGCGAGGAAUCUCGUGGGCAGCCUACCAGGAAGAUAUGCCGUUCUCCGGCUUCGAAGGCAUGGCAUGGGUGAAUCAACAAAAUGGAGCAAACGACUAUGUCCGCAAACAUAACCCCCCAAUCUUCUUUGACAGCGUAGCCAGCUCGGAGCAGCGCUUGUCCCAGAUCAAGAACCUGUCCAUGGUCUUCCCGGAGCGAUCACAAUUUCACAAAGACCUCAAGGCCAACAAGCUGCCACAAUGGUCUUUCUGUUCCGCUAACCUAUCAUCAGACGGGCAUGAUUCGUCUGUAACUGUUGCUGGUGCUUGGAAUAGGAAAUUCCUUGAGCCGCUGCUCGAAGACAAGAAUUUCAUGAACAACACAUUGGUUUUGGUCACUUGGGAUGAGAAUGAGACUUACACACAGAAGAACCGCAUCCUUGGCAUCCUUUUGGGAGACGCAGUCCCUCAAGAGCUUGUCGGCACGACAGACUCAAACUUCUACAACCACUACUCAGAGCUCGCCACAGUCGAGGCCAACUGGGAUCUCCCAACACUCGGAAGGUGGGAUGUUGGCGCCAACGUCUACGAGUUCGUUGCCAAAAAGACCAAUAGCGUUAUCCGCCAGUGGAGCAACACGUCAGCAACGCCCGAUCGCUACUUCAACCUAUCGUAUGCUGGAUUCUUUCACUCCAAGACACCGAAGCAGUACCCCAAGCCAAAUUUGGCUAUGGACGAAAAUGCGGCGGGCAGGAAGAUUCUCGAGUCCAUUAAGGCGACCUGGAAAGACAGCAAAGCUCCUACUUACUACGAAGAUACUGUUCAGGUUUUGGACGGACUUAACCCGCCUCCUGGUUACAAGCCGUAAAGGUCUAGGGACAGAGUAUUGCUUCACAUUAGAGUCAUGCGGGAUUCCUAACAACAACCUUUGUUACUAAGAACCUCGAGUAUACAUGCCUUUAGUAGCUAGGCCAGAUAGAGGAAAUAACAUUUGGCCAUCUAAGUUCCAGUAAAUUCAAAAUU